AUUUCCGGAUAUGAAGCUGUGCUGGCGGGACGCGGAACCGCCAUGUUCGUUAAGGGAAAGGGACCCUAACGAAAUUGGUAACUUUUGUGCCAAUCGCCGGAAGGUCGCCAGCCGAAGUCAUCCUCAGUAUGGCGGCUUCGCACGCCUCUGGUUUUCCGACGGAGGGUAGAUGCAGUUAUUAUGUGGAAAAGAAGAAGCGGUUCUGCAGGAUGGUGGUGGCCGCGGGAAAAAGGUUCUGUGGUGAACACGCUGGAGCCGCGGAGGAAGAAAAUUCUCGGAAAAGAAUCCUGUGUCCUUUGGAUCCAAAGCACACCGUAUAUGAAGACCAACUAACAAAACAUUUGAAAAAAUGUAACUCAAGAGAGAAGCCAAAACCUGAUUUCUUUAUUCAAGAUAUUAAUGCAGGCUUAAAGGAUGAAGCAGGAAUACCUGAACAAUUAGUUCCAAUUUCCAGUCUAUCUGAAGAGCAGUUGGAAAACUUAAUUAAGAAAUUGAGAAAAGCAAGUGAAGGUUUGAAUUCUACACUUAAAGGUCGCAUUAUGUCUCAUCCAGCAUUAUAUGAUGCCCUGAACGACCCUAAGAAUGGUGAUUGUGCCACCAAGCACCUGAAGCAGCAGGCUUCUAUUUUAGGUAACAUUGAAAAAUUAAAGUUACUUGGUCCAAGAAGAUGCUUUGUUGAGUUUGGAGCAGGAAAGGGAAAAUUAUCUCACUGGGUUGAUAUUGCCUUAAAAGAUGCUGAAAAAGUUCACUUCAUCCUAGUAGAAAAAGUGACCACAAGAUUCAAGGUUGAUGGUAAACACAGAAAGAAGAAUGCAGUGUUUGAAAGAGUUCAGAUUGACAUUCAGCAUUUGUGUUUGAACAAAAUUCCUGUUCUAAGGGAAGGAACUCUACCGGUGGUAGGAAUUGGAAAGCAUCUGUGUGGUGUGGCAACAGAUCUUGCAUUACGAUGCUUGGUUGAAACCUAUGCUGCCAGUUUUGAGCAAAGGAAUGAAGAACCGUUAGCCAAACGUAUAAAGAAUGAUAAAACAGAAAAAGAAAUUAACACUUUGGCCAAGGAAGGAAAUGAAACAAAUGUCCCACAGAAGUGGAACCCUGUGGCUGGCAUUGUUAUUGCACUCUGUUGUCACCACAGGUGUGAUUGGAGACAUUAUGUGGGCAAAGACUACUUCAGGGCUCUGGGCCUUGGAGCAGCAGAAUUCUACUAUUUCCAGCGGAUGAGUAGCUGGGCCACUUGUGGAAUGCGUAAAACAUCUUUGGAAGCCUUGUCUGUGAGCACAAAGAACAUAGUCAAUCAAAAUGAUGACGGUGAUGAACAUGAAGAUGGAGGACACAGAAGCCUAGAGGACAGUACGGAGAGUUUGCCUGGAAUUCUUACUGUUGAAGAAAAGAAGAAAAUAGGGCAUCUUUGCAAAUUGCUGAUUGACCAAGGUCGCAUCCAGUAUUUACAGCAGAAGGGAUUCAGUCCAGCUUUACAGUACUACGUAGACCCCUUGGUGUCUUUGGAAAAUGUAUUGUUAACUGCUUUACCAACUCAUUCUUCGUCACCAGAAAUAACUGGUUGAUGGAAAAGAAGUUUGACCAUCUGUUGUCUUCCACCAACAAACUUUAAAUUCAUUUUAAAUUAUAUUUUUAUAUUCACAGAAAUAUUAACAGCAGGCAAUAUGAACUUUUAAAAAAUACUGUGGCCUCAUUUAACAAGCAAUAGCUUUUUUUUUUUUUUUAACUUUAGAAGUCCAAAACAGAAGUCACCAUAUUCCCAAAGUGUUCUUCGGCAGAGGGUUUUCAAUUACGUUACCCAUUGGAACCUAUAGUGGUCGGUAGAGUAGGCAAACAGUUGACUUGGUCACCUGAAACACACAAUAACAUGUCAUCACAUAAUCAGAAUAUAAACUUAUAUUUGAGGUAAUUUGGUAAAGUAAUUUACCUCUGGUUUUAAUAUUUUUCAUUUCUCAAGCUCAAAAUGUAACGAUCCCUUGUCAGUUUUUGUCUGACAAACACCAAAACUGAAAAGAUAAUUUCAAGAAAAAUCUAUUUCACUUCGAUUUUUUGUCAGAUAAUUAUCUAGUUAAAACUUAAAAGGAGAUACAAAGCAUACUUGUAAAACUUGCAAAUAACUCUUAGGAAUCUCAUAUCUUUUAUUAGACCACCACUUUAAAAAUAUAAGUACAAAAAAAGUAAGUUAGUUCACUCCUGUUUGGAAAAUAAUUUGGAAUACAACAGAAAUUAGAUGAUGAAACCAAACCUCACAUUUAGACCUUAUUUAACUAAUAAAUGGUUUCUAUGCACAAGAAAAUUCUAAAGCAAGCAUGGGAAGACAGGUUUUCUCUUCCACAUCUUAUCCUUGAUUUGUUUCUAUAUGUAUUUGUAAAGAUUAUCUUAACUGUUGGUACAUAUACCAAGACAGAGGAUCAGAACCAUUAACUUUAGAUUACAGUAAUAAUGAUUUUUAUCCUGUAGAUUUAAAAUCAUAUAAAUUAUAAGAGCCUAGCCCAUUUUUAAUUCCUGAUCUUUCUACUUUAGUUUAAUCUCAUAUGCCUUGUCAUACUGUCUAGGUUUGAAUUUUAAGCCUUUGGCCUCACAACCAUGUGACCUUGGACAAGCUAUUUAAUCUGUUUGUGCCUCAAUUUUCUCACCUUAAAACAGAUGAUUAUAAUAACAAAAUGAAACCUACCUCACAAAGGUGCUUUGUGUAUCAAAUCAAAGAUGACACAAGUAAACUUCUCAGAACAGUUCCAAGCACAAAGUAGUUAGUAGUAGUAACUAACAUGUCUAUUUUUAAUAUAAUAGACAUACUUCUUUUAUCUCUAUUUAAAUUGUUACUUUUUUUCUUCAAAUUUUAUGUGUAAUGUUAUUAAAAUAAGGUACAAUGAUUAUUUUUAAGUUAGUUAUUCAUACUCCCCAAUGAGGAGAACAUAAACGAAGAUAACAUGUCAUUCAGUGAGUAUCCUUAUUUUAUGGUCAUAAGUGUUCUUUGUGUCACAAAAUUUGUUUUAUAUCAUUGAAAGAUUUAUGCCUAGAAAUAAAAAAAAAUGUUCUACAAGAGGUAUACUCUGUUAUAUUUCAAAAGAUAUAAAUAUACACCCCAGAAUUAUCAUACCAAUACAGUAUAUGGCUUAGCUUAUUUACCUUAAUAACAUAUUUCUGAUAAUGGGGCUUAGUACUUUAUGGGAAAGUAAGCUCAUCUUUCAAAAUGCUAACCAUAGGUCAAGAUUAUUAUUUUCCAAUCUUAUUUUCUGUUUCUCACAUUAUACAGAAGUGUUCAUGUAAGAUGGGUAUAUGUUGUAUAGCUAUUUCUUGACUUGAGACAUUUUAGGUUUUAUAAACCUCCUUCUUGAACUUCGCAUUCACUUACCAAGCAUUUUCAGUAUGUGAAUGCAGCCCAACACAAAAUCAUAAACUUAAAACAUGAGGUUUUGGGGAUAUUUUUGUAAUUUGUUUUUGCAACUCAAUUGGGAUUCUUAAGCAUGAACUCUGUAUGUGAUAACCUCAUUCGGCAAUGACAGAAGCUAGUCACACCUGAAUUAGGGACAUUACAUUCCCACAGGUGAUCAAAUUUACUGUUAAAACUGAAAAUCCACUUGCGUGGUGGGAGUACCCGCCUUUAAUCUGAGCACUCAGAAGGCAGAGGUAAAAGGAUCACUAUGAGUUUGAGGCCAGUCUGAUAUUACUUAAGGGAAUUCCAGGUCAGCCUGGGCUAGAGUGAGACCCUACUUCAAAAAAACAAAAAAUGAAACCUGAAAAUCCUCCUCAGUGCCUACCACCUGAUUGGCUCACCUAACCAGACUCUGCUUUUUCCUUCAGCUCUGCGCUACUAUCCAGUUGCUAUGCUCAACAGCAGACUCAUUGUGAACUACUCCCUUGUCUCAUCUUCAUCCACUUACCAAUUUUAUCUUCUGCUUUUCCAAUAAUUUAAUCCUCGCUGCUUUACAAAACUAGGCCUCAAACUAUAAGAACUUUUUUACUCUACCUCAACCUGUCAUCCAUGCUAUUGCUUGGAUAGACCUGAUCUCUCCUUCUAGUGGAAAGACUUACUGUCUAGUCUGGUUAUACUCCUUUUCAAAGUAACUUUGAUAGAUUGAGCUCAACUAAAGUCUGCCUUUUAUAUCAUCAUACUUCUAUGGAUUGCAGAGCCAUGAUUUUUGUAUUACCCUACCAUCUCACUGCUUUUACUAAGACAAUGGUGCUCUAAGCUCUGUUCCCCUGUUUGAUAUAAAAGCUCUUUUCCUUACAUACAAAAAGUUUUUAAAUUAUGCGAGGCUAAGUGAAAUCUGCAUUUCAUACUUCAUAUUCUGUUUGUUCAAAAUCAGUGUUCUGAAUAUUUUUUCAUUCCUAAGUAAAAUGGGCUUUUGCUAGGUAAGGAGGAACAAGGAUAGUCUACUCAAACUCAAUCUGACAUGUAUGUCACCUGGCAGAAUCAGGGAGUGAAUCUUCAAGAAUCAUGACCAGGACCAAGGGGAGAGCUACAGCUCAAUGGUACAGCACUUGCCUAGCGCCCCGAGCCCUGUGUUGGAUCCUUAGUCAUCUAGAGGUACAUGCACUGAGGAAGAGAAGCACAUUUUUACUUGCUGGUUGUGCUUCAAGUGCUUCACCAAAGGAUUUACUUCCUUGAUUCCACUUGAUUCUACUUUUACAACUUUUCACCUAGCACUUAACCAAAUUAUUUGUUUUUUGUUUUUCAAGGUAGGGUCUCACGCUGGUCCAGGCUGAUCUGGAAUUAGUCUCAGGGUGGCCUUGAACUCACAGUGAUCAUCCUACCUCUGCCUCCUGAGUGCUAGGAUUAAAGGCCACUUAUCCAAAUUAUAAUCAGGGUUGUAUUUUAUAGAAAAGGCAAGAUAGAAUGAGAAAUCCAUAGAGGAGUUGUUAGGACAUCAGAACUUAAGUUGUAUGCACAUUCCUCAUCCAAAAAAUAUUUAAUCUCAUACCUGUUCUUUGUGACUCCUGUAUGUACGUGUGCAUAAACUGAAGGCCAAAUAAUUCCUGUUCCUCUUCUCCAUCUGUGCCCUCUCUGGGAGGAAAUGUUACUUCCAAUUUCAGUGGGUUGUCUCUGAAGUUGACAAACCUAACAGUUCACCAAAAAAUAGCAUUUUUGUAGAUGCCAUAGAAAUGUAUGAAUACUUAUUUCCCUUGAGAAAGAUCAAAUAGAAGUAUACUAAGUUACUAUUUAAACUGCCUUCUGUAACUGAGCAUCUUUCUGGGAAGUACUGUAUCUUAAGUUUCCUAGAAGAAAAACAAAACUUUUUUUCAAAGCUUAUGAAAGCAACUAUUAGUGUGUAACAUAUAUUUAAUGUAAUGCCAUUUACUUUGUUUUGUUUGUUUGUUUUGUUUUCCAAGGUGGGGGUCUCACUGUAGGCCAGGCUGACCUGGAACUUGAUCAAACCCAGGUUUGAUUUCCC